GACGAGAAUGGUCAACCAAUCGGUGCUGGAUCAAUCAAGUUGUCUUCUUUCUUAGGACCUCUAGUUCGAGAGAUUGUACCAUAUACACUUUCAGAUUGGCGAAAGCUUCCUACGGGAAUGGCAGAAAUCCUAUGGCAAUCCGUUCAGGUAAGAUUCAAUCUUCAUGAAGAAUGGCAUAGAGAAAUGGUUUUCCGGAAAAUGAAUGAAGAUUGGAGAGCCUCAAAGUCGACAUUAGUCAGAAAAGUAAGAAAUGCUUCAAAUGAGGAAGAAAGGCUAAAGCUACAGCCUGAUAACAUCAAAUCGCUCCAAGAUUGGAAGGAUUUUGUGAAGGAAAAGACUAGUGAACAAUUCAAGGUUAGAAGCAAUAAAUUCAAAGGUAUGAGACAGAAACAAUUGGAGCUGCAGCAUACUAUGAGUCGUAAGGGAUAUGCACGGUUGACUAUUGAGCUGAAAAAGAAAAAUGAUGUGUCCUCUAUAAGUAGAGCUGUUGUUUGGGCUGAUGGACAUACAAACAAGAAUGGUCAACCCGCAAACAAAAAAAUUGCUCAAAAGAUUAAAGAUAUGGAAAGAAUUGAACGGGAUAAACCAAACUCAUCUUCAACUAAUCUGAAAGAAGAUGCUCUUUCUCAAGUGCUUGGUCCUGAGAAGCGUGGCCGGUUAAGAACAUUUGGAAAAGGAGUCACACUAACAAGAUUGACUAUAUUAUCACAAAUGAAUGGUCAGUUUGAUGCACUACGUGAAGAAAAUGUUCAGUUGAGGUCUGAAAUGUCAUGUGUGAAAAAUACAGUUGAGGAGUUAAAGAAAAGCCAAGUUCAAAGUUCGGCAACAACUGAAGGAACACCAACUACACCCAUUGUUUCUCCCUCGAUUGUGAACAUCAGUCCGAAUACCAAGUGCAAGUUGCUAGAUUGGAUGGGGACGGGAGACGUAGUUGCUGAAGGGCGUUGGUCUUCGAGUGAUCCAAAUGAAACAUGUCAUUGUGUUCCGAUCGGACCUAACGCAAUGAAAGUUUGGGUGGAUGUAGCAAAGAAACCUGAAGUGUUUCUUUGGAGGCCUACAAGCGAUCUGACCUAUGUCGUCGAUGCAGUGGGAACUACCAUCGCAUGGCCUGCUAGUCAAGUUAUUAUGGACUCUUCGCCGGGGUCGAUUGGUUGAAAGAGAAGAUCGAUAUUUCAUCACUUUUUGCUAGAGAUGGAGAUUAUGAUCUUGCUAGUGUUGGAUGUUGAAGUUUUUGCAUUGAUGUCUCCUUUUUUUUUGUAGAGCCUCAAUGCUCCUUUUUUGUAUGAAGACAUAGCUGGGAUGAUCCUCUUUUGUAUAGCUGGGAUGCUCUUCUUUUGUAUAGCUGGAUGCUCCUCUUUUGUAUAGCUGGGAUGCUCCUUUUUUGUAUAGCUGGGCAACUUUCCUCCUUGAAAAUGUUAGCAAGAUGAAGGCUAUAGCUAGCUAGGUACUUAUAUUUAGACUUAAGUGAUGUUAGAUGAAGUCUUCUAUUGCAGGAUUUUGUAUGGAACAAUUAAUGUAUAACUAUAUGGGAGCUUCUUUAUGGCAAUUAUUAAACUUGACGAUUGGUUUUAA